AUGAACGGAUACGGUGGCCCCCAGGCGCCUCCGGCGUCGACGUGGGCGGAGCACCACACGCCGGAUGGACGGGCUUACUACUAUAACAGCGCGACCCAGGUCACGCAAUGGACCAAGCCGGAGGACAUGAUGACGCCGGCAGAGCGUGCACUGUCGUCACAACCGUGGAAAGAGUACACGGCCGAGGGCGGGCGCAAGUAUUGGUACAACACCGAGACGAAGCAGAGCUCUUGGGAAAUGCCCGAAGCCUUCAAGGCUGCCCUUGGCCACACCGGCGUACCGGCUGCGGCGCCAUUCAGCCAGGGAAACGCGCCGACCGGCUACGAUUCACACCGCGAUGGGCGAGACGCACGCGACCAUCGUGACAAUCGCGAUCACCGUGACCAGCGCGACCAUCGUGACCAUCGCGACCAGCGAGAUCGACGCGACCGAGGAGACCACCGGGAUCACCGCGACUACCGCGAUCGCGAUUCGUACGCCGAUGGACGACAGCUCGCCGCCCCAAUCGACCCCAAAAUCAGGGCGUUUGUACCGGCUAAUGACGACCCCGACUACGCUACACUGGAGGAGGCCGAGGCUGCCUUUGCCAAGCUGCUUCGCCGCAGUGGCGUGCAGCCCGACUGGACCUGGGAGCAGGCGAUUCGCGCGUCCGCCAAGGACCCCCAGUUUCGCGCCAUUAAAGAUCCCAAAGACCGUCGCGCUGCCUUUGAAAAGUACUGCCUCGAUGUCGUCUCGCAGGACAAGGAGCGUGCUGCGGAGAGGAUGACAAAGUUGCGCAACGACUUUGUGACUAUGCUUAAGCGCCACCCCGAGAUUCGGCACUACACGCGAUGGAAGACUGGACGCGCCAUUAUUGAGGGCGAGACCACCUUCCGAUCCACGAGCAACGAAAUCGAGCGAAGGAAUCUCUUUGAGGAAUACGUCCAGGGGCUCAAAAAAGCACACAAGGAGCAGCAGUCAAAUAUUCGCAAGAGCGCCAUGGACGGGCUCUUGGAGCUGUUGCCGCAGCUCAGCCUCGAGCCAUACUCGUCCUGGUCUGACGCACAAAAGACACUGUCCUCUACGACCACGUUCCAGACUGAAGAGAAGUAUAAAUCUCUGACCCAAUAUGACAUAUUAACAGCGUUCCAAAAUCACAUGAAGGCCCUGGAACGUGCUUUCAACGAUGCCAAGCAGGAGGAAAAGAACAUGAAGUACCGCAAGGAGCGCAAGGCUCGCGAUGCUUUCAAGCCUCUGCUCGCCGAACUUCGAAAAGACGGAAAAAUCAACGCCAAAUCGACAUGGUCCCAAAUCCUACCCGUCAUUGAGAAUGACGAGCGCUACAUUGGCAUGGCUGGCCUUAACGACGGCUCCACCGCCCAAGAGCUCUUCUGGGAUGCCGUGGAAGAAGAAGAGCGCAAUCUGCGCGGCCCUAGGAACCAUGUACUGGAUGUUCUCGAGGACAAGCGGGUUGAAAUUACACCCACGAGCGAAUUAGAGGAGUUCAUGUCCAUUAUGAGGGAUGAUCGACGCACUGCUAACAUUGAUCCCGAUACUCUUAAACUCCUCUUUGAACGGCUGCGCGACAAGCGAACCUCGAAACGGGACGAAAAACGGGACGAGGAUAGGCAGCCUGACCGCCACCAGCGCCGCACUAUGGACGAUGCCCGCGCCCACCUCAAGCGCAUGGAUCCUCCCGUCACCCUCAGUGACACUUUUGACAAGGUACGACCACGACUACUGAAGGUUGCAGAAUUCCAGUCGCUCCCAGACGAUGCCCUCCACAGCGUCUUUGACAGACACAUGCGCCGGCUUCGCGAAAAGGACGAGGAUGUGGAACGCGGCGUGCGACGAUCUAGCGAGCGCGACGUGGCGAUUCCCCGCCGUGACGGCGACCGCACGGCCCGCGGCGACCGGGACCGGGAACGCUCGCGCCGCGGUGCCGGCGGUGCGCCGCGACGACGCAGCCGCAGCCCGGAGCUGGACCCCUACGAGGCGGAUAGACGCAAGGCGAUUGCCGAGCGCGAGCGCAAUCAUCGUAAGUCCACCAUGGCCGAGAACCUGCUGGGUAGUGAGCGAGGUGCUGGCGGCCGGCCAUCGUCACCGCCGGUGCCGUCCGCGCGACGCGACCGUGAACCGCGCGAGCACCGCGAACCGCGCGACUAUGAUCGCCCGAGCCGCUCGCGGCGCGACGACGACCGUGACACGCGGCGCGAUAGAGAGGAGGACCGGGAUCGGUACCGCCGCCGGGGCGCGGAGCGAGGUUCGUAUGACGAGCUCCCCUAUGGUGAUGAGCGUCCGGCUGGCACGCGUCGCCGCCGCCAGGACGAAGAAAAUGACUAUGCGCGGAGAGAUUCAAGAGAUUCCAAGCGAGCCAGGAGAGACCGCUCUCGCGAGCGCACGCCCCCGCGCGACGAGCGUCGCAAGAGUCCUGCUCGGGCCGCGGCCGCUGCUGCUGUCGCUCCGGACGUACCGAGCAAGGACAAGGACGCCGAAAUGUUGAGCGGCAGCGAAGAGGGCGAGAUUGAGGAGUAA